AUUGAUUUACUAAUUUUGUCAUCUCGAAAGCGCCAUUUCUCCUUCUUCUUUUCACCUUCUCAAAUUUUCUUUUUCUCCUUCUGCAUUUCGCCAUUGUUAACAUUUCUAUGCCAUUUUAGUUUUCAAUUUAUCCUCCAUAAAAUAAUCCCCAAAUUCUCAGCCUUUAUACAUUAAAGGACAAAAAUCAAGGGGUUUAUUGAAUGCGGUAUGCUCUGUGAAUCGACAAGUUGAUGCCUUGUUUUGAAUUUCUCAAUGACAACCACUAAACGUGCUUAUAAGCUACAGGAAUUUGUAGCACAUUCUUUAAGCGUGAAUAGCUUAAAGAUAGGGAGGAAAUCAUCCAGGGUUCUUGUAACCGGGGGAGAAGAUCACAAGGUUAACCUCUGGUCCAUUGGCAAGCCUGAUGCCAUAUUGAGUUUGUCAGGUCAUUCAAGCGGAAUUGAUUCAGUUAGCUUUGAUUCUUCAGAAGUUCUGGUAGCUGCAGGAGCAGCAAGUGGUACUAUCAAGCUUUGGGAUUUAGAGGAGGCCAAGAUUCUUCGGACUCUCACUGGACAUAGAUCCAAUUGUAUAUCAUUGGACUUCCAUCCCUUUGGUGAGUUCUUUGCAUCUGGGUCUCUGGACACAAAUCUAAAGAUAUGGGAUAUUAGACGCAAAGGGUGCACUCACACAUACAAAGGGCACAGUAGAGGUGUCAACACCAUCAGGUUCACGCCAGAUGGCCGCUGGGUUGUAUCUGGUGGAGAAGACAGUACCGUAAAGAUAUGGGAUUUAACUGCAGGAAAGCUUUUACAUGAUUUCAAAUGUCAUGAAGGACAAAUUCGGUCAAUAGACUUUCAUCCUCAUGAAUUUUUACUGGCAACAGGUUCUGCUGACAAAACAGUUAAAUUCUGGGACCUUGAAACUUUUGAACUCAUAGGUUCUGCUGGACCUGAGACAACAGGAGUGCGUUGCAUGGCCUUUAAUACCGAUGGAAGAACCCUUCUUUGUGGUUUACAUGAGAAUUUGAAGGUUUUCUCGUGGGAACCAAUUAGGUAUCAUGAUACAGUAGAUGUUGGCUGGUCUACAUUGUCUGAUCUUAGUAUUCAUGAAGGAAAACUUCUUGGAUGUUCUUACAAUCAAAGUUGUGUUGGAGUGUGGGUUGUCGAUAUUUCAUGUCUUGAACCAUAUACAGUGGAUAGUACUACACGAUUAAAUGGUCACUCAGUAGUGAAAUCCAAUUUGAGAGCGAAUUUAUCCACUCCGGCUGAGGAUGCCACAGAUGCAAGUUUCGGGAGACUAUUAAGUUCACAAAACUCUGAUCCUGUGAAAGAAUCCAAGUAUUUUGGAAGACUUUCUUUGUCACACAACAAGGAUCUUCAGAAGGAUUCUACUACUCUUACUACUAUCACGGAUACUCCUGACACUUCACAAAAAAUCAAUCUCAGUACUGGUCCAAGAGCACCUCCAAUCAGCUCAAGAACAGUUCCUAAUACGACUGGUGUAAAGAGGAAUUCGUCAAAAGGCCAGUCAACAGAAAAUGCUUCUAUUGUCAAUAAAUCAGAGAUAAUACCUGUUCUUGUCCCAAGAAAUAAUGAAAGAAUGGAGCUGGCAUCCGAACGCAGGAAAGGAGGAGUUGCAGGAAGGGAAAUGCCACAAAGAUUGCAGCCAAAAGUAUCUGAUUGGAAGUCUCCUACCCCCAACGAAAACCUUGGGAGGCCGACUGCUGCAGCACAGUCUGAAGUUGAAGUACCUAAGGCUAUUGAAAGUAGCAGUCCUGCAGAUAGGAACAUUUUCCCUUUUGUUAAAUGCUCAAUAUUUGGAAAUGCUGCUACUGACAGAAACGUGAAUGAUGACAAGAAUUUAGUUUCCACAAAACAUGAAAUGGAUACAGCAUCGGAAUCGCUUUCCAGACACCAAAUUGAAGAUUAUGAAGCCCGUGGAAAUAUUCUAAAUAGGAAUCCUUAUUCCAUGCAAGGUCAACUAAGAGGAAGGACACAGUCUACUGUUGCAAAUUUGGAAAAGAGAGACAGAGUUCCUAAUUAUGAGGGUCUUGCUUCCUGCAUUGCCCGGGCGGUACCUGAUCCGGAUGUGGUUCCAACCAAUAUGAAUUUAACUCAUCGUAAUUCAAUAAUCAUACAUGAAAAGAGAGAAGACCCCCUUUCAGCUGUAAGUGAGGUGGUUGUUGCUGCCGAUGAGGAUACCAUUGCGGUGUUGAUGGAACAGCACAACCAAUUUGUUGGCUCGCUGCAAUCUCGUUUGGCUAAAUUACAGGUAGCAAUUUGGAAAACUCACUAGUGGUUAUUUGAUGCUGAAAUUUGUGUCUGGCUAUUAUAAAGCUUUUUCAGUCCCUUGUAACUAAUUUAUGUGUUCAAGUCCCUUAUAAGCGAUUUGCAUUAUCAUGAGAUGAUGACCUGCAUGCAAUGUUUAGCCUACUCAUUUGCAGGUUCUCUUGCUAAUCGCCCUCGGUAAGACGUGC